AUGUCGUCGCGUAAGAGCGACUCGGCGCGCAAAAGCGACGCCUCGGCCCCAGCCGCAGCCUCAGCCGCGAGAUUCGCCCCUAUAGAAGACGGCUCGCCAGCGACCUCCAUCCCCCGCCCGUCCCCGGGCCUCGCGAAGCCCACCAUGGACACGUCCAUGCCGCCCCCGAGCCUGCCCCCUCCCGGCCUCGCGCAGACGCCCGAGGCCGUGCACCGCCCGAGGACCACGUCGUCAGCGGCCGCGCAGGGCGGCCUCGCACCGGGCACAGAUCCCUCACAAUCCACGCCGUCGGAGAAGAGCAAGGAUGAGGACAAGAAGACGACUGGCGGCGGGCACCCCAAGGAGGCUGUCACGAUCCCCAUCGAGGAGCUACAACUACCAAAGUCCAUAAUUACCCGUCUCGCUAAGGGUGUUCUUCCUCCAAACACCCAGAUCCAGGCCAAUGCCAUCCUGGCCAUGACCAAGAGCGCAACAGUGUUCAUAAACCACCUCGCGAAUGCGGCCAACGAAGUCACGACGUUGCAAAACAAAAAGACCGUCAUGCCCGCCGAUGUUUUCCGGGCACUGGAUGACAUAGAGUUUGGGUUCAUGCGCGAGCGCGUAGAAGCCGAGUUUGCAAAAUUCAACGAGGUCCAGACCAGCAAGCGGUCGACCUACCGGAAGAAGGUCGCCGCGGCCAAGAAGGCCACCAAGGAGCCGGGCGAGGAAGGCGCAGAGACACUAGCGGCAGGAACCGAUGGAGACACGGCGAUGGGAGGCGCCGACACAACCCUGAACUCGGUCGCGGACUCGGGUGCGGCAGAUGGGGGCCAGCCGCGGGCGAAGAAGGCCAGGACGGACCGCAGCGAGGACCAGAUGGAAGUCGACGACGAGGUAGUCGAUGCCAGCGACCCGGAGAGCGUGCCUGACGAGGAAGGGGACGAGGAGGAGGAGGAGGAGGAAGACGAGGAAGCGCAGGACGAGGAGGAUGGGGUCAACGAGGAGGGAGACGACGAUGAGCUGGAGGAGCGCCAGGGCAGGCCGGACGAUGACGAAGCCCUAGACGAUGGGAACAACAGUGACUAG